AGGAGUGGCUGCCUUCUUCCCUCCUCGGCAGUGCCCGGGCUCUGCUUGAGUCGCGCAGACCUUUGCCCCAGGCGGGCGCAGCCGAUAAGCGGGUUUGUACGCGGUUCUGGGCAGCGCUCCCCUUCGGAGUUACAGAUAUAUGAAAAUUUGACAGUAUCCCCACCCACCGUUGCAGUUGUUAGCACCUGAGAGGCCAGAGACGGUUUUUCUUUUCCAGGGAUAAAGCCAUGGCUGAAAUGAGUAAUAUCAAUAUACAAAAACUUACCAUUGUUCAGCAAGCAAUAGCCUCUUGUUGUGGAGCUAUAAUUACAUCAUUAUUUGUAACUCCUCUUGAUGUUAUCAAAACUCGACUGCAAACCCAAAACAAUCCGUUCCAUAAAGGGAAGUGUUUGGUGUCCUCCAAUGGCCUUAUGGAUCAUGUAUAUGUUUGUGAAAAUGGGGACAGCAAAGCCAGGUAUAAAAAACCUGGGCAUUUCAAAGGGACAUUGGAUGCAUUUGUGAAAAUAAUUCGAAUAGAGGGAAUUAAGUCACUGUGGAGUGGACUUUCCCCAACACUAAUAAUGGCAGUUCCUACCACAGUAAUCUAUUUUACUUGCUAUGACCAGCUGUGUGAAGCUUUGAAAAAUAGACUAGGAAAGCAUGAUGAGCACAUUCCAGCUAUUGCAGGUUCCUUAAGCAGAUUCAAUUCUGCUACUGUGGUGAGUCCCCUGGAGCUGAUCAGAACUCAAAUGCAGUAUCGCAGGUUGUCCUACAAGCAGCUGUACCUGUUAAUCAGCACUAAAGUGGCUGUAGAUGGGUGGUCCUCCCUGUGGCGGGGCUGGACUUCUACUAUUCUGAGAGAUGUACCUUUCUCAGCAAUGUAUUGGUAUAAUUAUGAGCGUUUCAAGAAGAUGAUGUGCAAGGAAGUUGGUACAAGUGAACCUACAUUUUUUGUCUCUUUUACUUCAGGAGCAGCAUCUGGCUCUAUUGCAGCUGUCACAACUCAGCCAUUUGAUGUAGUGAAAACACAUAGGCAGACUCAACUUUGGGAGAGUGAGACCUUAAAAAUUCCACAGAGGGACAGUAAAUCAACCUGGGCAAUUAUGAGGAAAAUUGUCGCUAGAAAUGGGAUGUCUGGAUUAUUUGCUGGUAUUACUCCACGGCUGUUUAAAGUUGCUCCUGCUUGUGCCAUAAUGAUCAGCACGUAUGAAUAUGGAAAGUCUUUCUUUUCUCAUUUAAAUGAAAAAAAGAAUCAACGUCCUUAAUUCUUCUUCGCCCAAUUGUAUGAAGUCAAUGAUAGAGGUUGUGCCAAUUUAAAUCUGUGAAGAUGUUUUUUAGAAUUCCUCUUACAUAGAACUUAGAAUUCUACCAUUACAUUUGGUAACUAAAUAAAGCUUCAUUUUUAACUUUCA